AUGGACGCGGGCGCGGCGAGCGAUGUCACGUCGUCGUCGUCGUCGUCGUCCGUCCAGUGGCGAUGCGUGUUGUCGCCAGGCGACCUACGAGCGGUGUCGUCGGCGCGCGUGCGGUUCACGUGCGCGGACGUGGGGGCGAGAACGUUGGUUUUGGGAGCGAACACGGGCUCGGCGUACGUGUUCGCGCGGACGCGGAGCGGGGACGGGAGAGAUUCAGAGUCAAAGCCGCGAUUCGCGUGCGUGGCGUCUCCGGAAACGGUCGGCGCGGUUGGGAGCGCGCGGACGCGGGUGGUGACGCAGAGCGUCGGAAUGGUGAAGAUUUCUCCUUGUGGAGCGAUGUGUGCGCUCGGAUUCGCGGAUGGUUGCGUCAGGGUGAUCGAGCUGGACGGCGGCGGCGGCGGGCGGAGGAGCGGGACGGGCGAGCUCGUGGCGAACCUCACGACGACGCACGAGGGGCGGAAAAUUACCGCGAUGGCGUGGUCGAGAGACUCGAGGCAGUUGUACGCUGGAAGUGAUCGUGGGCGGACGUCGGUGCUGUCGUGCGCGGCGUUCGUGGAUUGGUGCGAGGGCGGACGGGAAGGCUCGAGACCAGCAGUUACAAAGAAGACAGAGUACGUCGACGUCGGGAGCGCGGUGCACGACUUUGAUGCAUCAACGAGCGGACGUAACUUGGUAGUGAGUUCGCAAUUGAGCGCACAACUCAUUGUAGUUCAGGGUGACGACAGCGGUCGAGCGAUGAACAUAGGUAGCAAACAGCGGGAGGGCGCGUACGGCGGAUGUUUUCACGAUUACGCCAGCCUUAGCGUUGCGGAUGAGGUAGAGGAAGAGGAGUUUGGGGAAGAUGAAGACGACUCGUUCGCCGAUGAACACGUCGUUCUAGCUCGUCCGGGCCGUAAACUGUGGAUCGCGAAGGUUCGCGACGGCACGAAGCAAGGCGCGAGUGUGGAAAUCAUGGCGACAAUCAAGCCUGAAGUCCCAGAGCUAUCGUACGCUCCCGGAUGGGACGGGAAGGACGAGUCGCCAGAUGUUCUGAAGAGGAUUUCUAAGAAGCUCGAGUUUGGGUUGCUGCAUCGCCUCGGCCCGUGCAUUCUCUCCACGACCGAUCGCGCGGUGUCCAUCAUCGACAUUGUCUCGCCGUCGAUUUCCAAAUGGUACCCUCUGAAAGAGCCUGGUAGUGAGCUCUUCAGCGCUGGUUUCAUCGACACCUGCGUGUCCGAGCACCGCGCCUUCUUUUUGACGCCAUCUGAGGGCGAUGGAAGCUCAGUGUGGUGCCUGGAGUCGUUCAAAGAUGCGGUGGCUCUCGCGAGAGAGAUCGCGAAAGAUUUUUCAUCUACUAGCGAGAUCAUUCAAGCCUUGGAGGUGUGUCGAAAGACAAUGUGUUUCGACAAAGACUUGUUCACGCGAGCAAACGAUGCGGCGGAUCUCUGCAUCGAUGAGGACGCUCGGUCGAGACUUGCUUUCCUCAUACAGUGGGGCGAUGACGUCGGAGCCAAGUUGAAACCACCUGCUAAGGUUGAGGACGCUCGAGAAGUAGCCAAAGAACAACUGGCGCCGUUGCCUGAACCGAUUUCAAAACCAUCGACGAGCGAAGGCAGGCGAUUACCGCUCGGGAAAGAUCGAACGACGAAAGAAAGUAGCGUUGUUACGAUGGCUCCGCCGUCGAAUGAGUUUCCGAAAGCGGAGAGCGAUGGUAUCUUCUUCUACAAUCCUCGAGGCGUUUCGAAGUUGAAGAAGAUGGAUGACGCCGACGCAACGAAGAAAUCAGCAAGGGUGGUGAAGAAACGGCAAGCAAACAUUCUCGAUGACAUUGAAGAAAACGUUCCUACUGUCACGACGAAGCAGAUAACGGAGACGAAAUUUGUGCAAGCGAAAGAUUACAGUACCGAGUGGCCGACCAACGACGCGGAAUGGGUCCAGUGCGAUGCGUACGACCUACAAAAGUGGCUAGAAGACGUUUCAGCCGCUAAGAAGAUGCUUCUCGUGGAAGGUGAAGGAUUCGAGCACUGGAGCUCGUAUCGCGUGCCGAUACUCACGGACUUGACAAAUGUUCAACUCGAAGGUGGUGACGUUCGCGUGGAUUACAGAUUGGCGUUAAAAGCUCGCAUCGAGCGAGCUGUCGCGUGCGCGAACGCCUUGAAAGAUGCCCGAACAAGCCUGGAUGCUGGACCUCUUGUGCUCUGCCUUCGUCGUUGGCGGCAAGAGCGCGUGUCGAUGGUUAAGCUGUUCAACCGAUUUGAUAGUGGUGAGCACCAAGCCGUCACCGAUCAGAUCAAGACGCGCGUCGAGGAACUUCUCGUAGAAUUGGAAAAGUCGCUCGAUGCGACGUGCGAUGAGCUUCAGCUGGACACCGACGUGAUGAAGAGUGAGUCACCCGUGCUCAUAUCAAACCAAUCGCCCGUCAAGGAAUAUCGCGUUGAGAGCUCGAUCGAGGUCGAGACCGUGAAACGAGCACUGAACGACGCAUCCAUCGGUGACGUCGAUAAGGCUUUGGAGUCUGAGUACACGGCGUGUCUUCGCCAGUGCGACAAGUCGGACGCACGGACGAUUAUCAUGGAGGGCCUUCGUCAGGCGCUUUUGAACUUGGUUGAAGGUGGUCAGGACGUCGAUAUUGAUCGCGUUGAUGCGCGCUUGAAUCUCAUCGCGCGCAUCGGCUCCUCGGCCUUGGGUCCCAUAGACGUUGUGGGAGCACUCAGCGAAGCCACCGAGGACGCGGCUCUGACUCAAGCCAUGUCGCCGAUCGAUGUCGCGGCAAACUUUAGCGCUGAGGCCGUGAGUCGAGUGCUCGCCAAUGUGACGGCAUUUUUGACGACAGAACACGUCAACGAUCUCGAUUUGCGUCGAGACGCUGCGGACCUUCUCAAUCCCGUGCAUCGGCAUUUGUCGAAUCCGCCAAACCGUGCUUUCGGUCGAUUCCCUCAACUUCAAACCGUCCUUGACGCCGAACUGAGAGGAAAUCUCGACGCCGUACCAUUUGUAGAGUGCCAUGUCGGCGAAAAUGCACCCGAAUGGCGUCUCAAAACCCCCCACGAGGUCCCCGUCGCGGCGUCCAUCGAGGACGUCGGCGACUGGGGCGUCAAGAUGGAUCUCCGCCGAUGCCCGUCGUGUCGCCAAUCCCUCCUCCGCGAUGACACGGGCGAUCUCAUCACAUUUAUGUGUUCCCAUACCUUCCACGCGUGCUGUGUCGUCGACACGCUCGCGUGCCUCGAGUGCUGCGCCCUCUCCCGCGGCUUGUAA